AUACGUAUUUAACGGCGAACCAGUAGAACCUUUUUGGAAUUAUAUGAAUCCCGAAAAAUCUGACGCUGAUACUCUCAUAAGACAUAUUUUGAGCGUCGUAGAUCCAUUAAUAGGAAAUUUCCCUAACAAACUGAUUUCACAAAGCUAUGACGGAGCCGCGGUAAUGAGCGGACAAAAUGCUGGAGUAAAGGCAAAAAUUAAACAAAGAUAUCCAUUUGCUCACUAUGUGCAUUGCUAUGGGUAUCAGUUAAACCUGGUUAUGUCCCAAGCUGCUUACCCAAAAGCUCAAGUUCGGGUGUUCUUUCGGAAUUUGAAAGAUAUUCCGGGAUUUUUAAUAAUUCUCCUCAACGCGUAG